CUCGCCGUAUCAUCCCUCUUCGCCAUCGCUCAUCUGUCUGGCUCCAGACAAUUCGAGACGGAAGAAGCUCAGACAUCGACACGAGCAUUACUCCGAGCCGUCAUCGCUAUCGCUGCCGCUUGCCGGCCACCUCACCUCACCCAGAUCUGGCAUAUCCAGCCGCGGGCGGGAACAGAAGCUGCUCCUUUGUGGGACGCAAUUACCCCUGAUCCUCUUCCGUGCCUGAUCAGAAGGAAAGGCCGGACAGCCAGCCAGCUGCGACAGGACUCGACCCUCUGUUCGCCUAAUACUUUCGGCAGCUUCUGCAACAUUCACACCGCAUACUUGCGUUGACUUCUGCUGCUCGUCAGUACGCAAGCGACAGAUGAGGCAACAGUCCUCUCCGAAGCAGCAAUGAUGCGAUCGGGCAGCGGCCAAGUCAGCAGCGCUGAAUCAGAAGAUGCGCAUAAUCGCCAAGCUGCGAUGGCACCAAUCUCAGGAGCUGCUUUGUUAGAGAUGCCACCAGGCCGCACCUCGAAGCCUCUCUCUCCAACUCCACACACUGUAGGAGACAGGGAGCGGUGCUCCUCCAUAGCCUCUGCCUCUUCAGCACGUACGGUCUCCCAGUCACCCAUCACUUCUCGAUCAGACUCUUCUUUGAUGCGCAUUUCACCUUCCUCGUCAUCACCCUCGUCUCUGCGCCCUGCUCGGAGUCCUCGCUCCUCGCCAGGGACGGAUCGGCGCCCGUCUCGACCGCUCACACUCUCAGAGGAGCUGGGCGAAGGCGAGGACUAUGUGGGUUACUAUAGUAGUCCGCGAGGCAGUAUCGUGAGCACUGAUAGUAGGAGUCCCUCACCUGAAGCUAAGAGGAAGAGACGCUCGGAACGGAGGGUGGAGGGUGGAAACGGCAAGGGAAGACAUCGUAGAGCUAGUGCGACCGUGGGAGCGACCAUUGUCAUUUCGACUGGCGGGGCGAGUAGCCCGUCAGAGAGUCCCAUGAGAAGCUUGCUCUUCGAUGGAGCAGCUCGAUCGUCCGAGUACUUCAAUGAGGCUGAUGAUGCCUCGCCCAAAUUCAAGCCAUCCCGAAAGUUGGCACCCGAGGUUCAGCCCACGGCACCGUUACGCCAGGCCUCCCUGGCUAUAUGUCAAGGGGCAGCAUCGCAUGUACUGCACUGGCUUAAACGCUUCAUGCUGGACUUCCAACGGGCCCUGCUGCUCAUCACGCGGGAGCUGUGGGAGUCUCUGGUGCAUGUGCUGCCGAAUCAUCUACAAGAAUCGCAUCGCACAACACAAGCUUCGACUGUCGUACCCUCAACACAGUUUCGCUGUGCUUUGCCCCAAUUCAGGACACCAACAGCGAACAACUACGCAGAGAAAUUCAAGUAUGUCAUCUGCACUUCCUUCCUUCUGACGUCUUCGCUCUCAAUCUCACUCUAUGACUCGUCGCGAGCAGCGCCAACAAGGCCGACUGCAGCAGACGAAGUCGACAGGGAAGAUGCCCAGUACGUGAUGGAGUGCCUGCCGAAAUCGGAGAGGACGCAGCACAAACGUGUCACUGUAAACACCUUCAGCGGUCGCAUUAUCCAAGAUUUCAGCUCAGCUUCUGGAUUGGUCACCGACCCCGAUACUGGCUUCGGCAGGCAGAUCCGAAACGCUACCAUCAUCGCAAGUGCUCUACUCUGGCUCUUCUCUCCUUCUGCCGGCGCAUGGGGUCGUACAGUGCUUCUCAUGACGGCCUUGAGCUGGUCUACGGCCGUUGUGCUCGCCCACUAUGCUACAUCGUCUGGCGAAACAGUGACCUUUGAAGUCACCAACCACGGAGGAGGCGUGCCCAGCUUUGCUCUUCGGUCAGCCAUCGAAAGGAGACGAACCUGCGCGAAGCUCCUUGCAGCUGCUGAUCGAACGGUGAAAAGUAGCCAGGAGGCUGACGUGCAAUUCAACAAGACGCUCACAGCCAUUCAAGAAGUCGAGCUCGUAGCUCGAGGCUUCAAGAUUACCCAUCCCUUGCCACCUAUCUCUCGAAUUGAAGCGGCUGACAAGGCGAAUCAAAUUGCAUCACCGGUGCGAAGGAGAGGAUCUCUGUACACUGCAGGGGCAAGCAGCUCGGAGCGCAUGGGCAGAAGCUACAGUAUGAGCGGAGCUACAGGGGAGCCGGCAAAACGUCAAGCGCAACCUGAGAUGCGAAGGAUGAGUCGUCUCCGGCAAGGUCUUCUCGAGGGCUUAGAGGGAGCGAGGCAAGCAUGCCGCAUCCUGCUAGCAGGUUUGGAGCCCCUCGCCGAAGUGGAAGAGCUCUCAUCCCUCCGGGAGGUCUAUUCGCUGAGCGAUCCAACUAUCGAUGGCCCGCACCCUGGCGAGCAAGCUGGGUCUCCCCGAUCUCCUCCUCGUAGCGAUGCGGAGUCUCGACGGGGCUCCAUGUUGCUUCCACUCCUUACAGGUACUGUGGCGCUUGAAGACUCCGCCUACACCUCCGAGGCAAUGGUCCCGAAUGGCUCAAAAAGGUCCAGCUGGGGACCUGUGUCUGCUUCCCGAAUGAAUGGAGGCUUGGCCUCUGCUCCUGCAAGGUAUGGAUUGGGUUCCGCGACGACUGGGUCGGCUGAGGAAAGCUUCAAUGAUUCGAUUGCCUCAAGUGAUUCUCCUCAGUCAGUACGGUACAGCUCGCAAGCCGAGGGUGGCAGCAUUUCCUUGUCAAGGACAGGGAGUCUCCUCAGAAGGAGGCGUGGUAGCCACUUCGAAGGGGAGAACGGGUGGUCCGGCAGUGAGCCUGCCAGCGAGACUGUGCCACCAGGGACGGUUCCCGAGCCACGUUCGGGGCGAGGGAGCCGACUGAGCUACAUCGUAGAAGGUGUAGACGCGGCAGGACCGAACGAGUCACCGAUCUCGAAGCGGCUCAGCUAUCAAAGCACCGAGUCGCGGCCAGAGUCAAGACUGAGCGCUUCUGCCAUGUCAGACCGCCGUGACUCGAUCGGAAAUUCUACCAGGCUUCUUGCUUCACCUCAGUCGAUGCUUGAUGGUACAGCUCCAUGGCAGAGCCCACUCAGGCACCAGAGCAGCUCGAGAAGAAAUGGAAGCCUUCGUGGCGUAGGCGUAAGCCCUAUCGCCCCUCGACCGCCGAGCAGUCUUGCGGGAAGCUUGCUCGGUCAAGUCGAAGAGCCUCAGCAGCCCCUGUCACCGCCAGAGGACCCAUUGAGUCUGUUGUCGCUACGUCAAGCCUUCGAGGAUAUGCACUCCCUCCGAAGGCACGCUCUAUGUCACCUGCUCGCCCUCAAAUUCGCCUCUCUGUCCCUGUUCUCUGCUCGCGACUACUGGCAACAAGUCGAGAGCUUGAUGAGGGACUUUGCAGAAGCACUGGACGGCAUACGAAAGCGCAUGUCAGUCCUGCUCGAUCAAGAGCUCAACGGCGACAAGCAGAAUGGCGUCACUUCACAGCUCCCGCGGCAGAGUGAGGCUCGCUUACCGACUGAGUCGGCAGUUUUGCCGGGAUCCACUGGUCUCGUGCCCUUCACGGGCUUCGAAGAUCGUUCGCAGGCGCUGGCCUCGGCCAUCCGCUCCAUUCAGGUCAAGCUCCGAGCCUGCGCCGAAGAGCUUGCAAUGGCUCACCCUCCCGCUCUUCACGGCCCCAGUGUCAGCUUUGCACCAUUUUCAGCAAAGGAUGUGAGCACGAUUACCGAGAGCGAGGCUGGGACUCGAAAAGAGAAUGCCGAGCGCAUCUGGGACAGUCUCAAGGACGACAUCAUGUCCAUUACGCAGGAGUGGGAAGGAGGCUCGAAGAUCUUGCGAAUGGAGAAGAGGCGGGGAGAAGCGGCGCUUGCUGCUGGUGCUCGGAGUAGCACUGGAUGGAAUGGUCAUGUCGAGGGCGCAGGCGCUCUUGGGCUCUCGCAGAUUGAGACUUCGCUAGCAGAGGGCGAGGAAGAGAAUGCUACGACAUUCAAGGACGUGCCUUACCUCCUCGGUCCUACCUCGACCGAGCGCAGCCUCCUCACAAGCGACUCGGACGCCUCAACCUCAGCCCCAAUCUCAACCUCAGGCCUUUCCCCGGGUAGUCCCUCGCUCCCCACCUCUUCAUCCGCAUCAGAAGACUUAGACCUCGUCUCCCUACUUCUUCAAAGCACUUCCCCAGGGCAUCUUCCCCCACCAGGCCUCGAAGAGGUCUUCGAAUCCAUCACUGGCAUUGCAGGCAGUCUUGACGCCGAGAACAGUCGAGGCGGUGGAGCAAAGGGGAAGAUGAGUCGCGAAGAGAGGAUACGAGCAGUCAAAGAACAGAGGGAAGAGGCGAAGAGGGCGCAGAAUGCCAUGUUGGAGAGUGAGACAGGAGGUGGUGGGCUGAGAGCUCAGGCGGGUGUGGUGACUGAGCUAAAGGAUGUGCUGGAUCAAUUGAGACAGAGGAGAGAGGCGGGAGCUGCAGCUGCGGGGGAAAGACAACAGCAGCCGGCUCAGCCGCUCCAGCACAGUGGGGAAGCAGGAGCGCCAGGAGGGGCAAUGCGGAGAGGAGUCGUUGAGAGUGAGAGCGGAGCCGGGAUCGCUUUCUGAAUAUCUUUGUCACCUUGCAACACAGAUGGAACACUGUCGAUACCCAAGCUACAGACUGCUCUAAUUAUUGAGUUGAACAUUGCCAG